CAGACUUUGAUGUCGCUCAGUGACAGGUUUGACUCUCGUUGGUUCGCGCUCCUCAAGUGGCAAAAAGCGCAGCUGUCCAACCCCAAACCACUACCGCUUCACUUAUUGGACUUAAAACCCUUCAUUUUCUUAUUUCCUUCUUUCAAAUCCCAUAUUUUUACUUGUAAUGGGAACGAGUAACAGCGCGUCUUGAGAAAUUGUUCGGAUUUUGCGCGGAAACGCCGAGGCUACACACGUGUUUUUGGAGUUUAGCGCAACUAACACAGGAAGAAGCCAGAAACGGAUGUAUGACAAUGACCCAUGCAGUGAAUACAAGCCGCUAUAGUUUUUAUACGUGCCCACGACUUUGAAAUGGCACAGAAAAGCGCAUAACCACAGCCGAAGACGCUUAUUUCGCUUGGAUACACAGUCGAACUUUUUGGAUAGACUUGGGUAAAAUUACGCGUGUUUUAUUUUUCUUUAUAAAGUAUGGGGACCCAAGGAGCAGGGCGCAAGAGGUCCACGAAUAAGGAUAAAACCACAGCAGAAGAUGAUGCUCUCAAUCUCAUCGCACGAGAGGCGGAGGCUCGGUUGGCGGCGAAGCGGGCGGCCCGAGCGGAGGCCAGAGAGAUCCGUAUGAAGGAGCUGGAGAGGCAGCAGAAAGAGCUCUCAGAUGAAGAUGAGCGGAUGUCUGUGGGCAGUCGGGGCAGUGUCCGGGUGGAAGACGGCAACUAUCUUGAAAAGGGGUCUCGAGCCGCCUCAGCCCUCACAGCCACCACACUCACGUCUUUAGGGGGGACAUCCUCUAGACGGGGCAGCGGAGAGACAGCACUGACUCUAGAUGCUGAGACGUCUAUACGAGAAAUUAAGGAGAUUCAUGAACUGAAGGAUCAGAUCCAGGACGUGGAGUCAAAAUUCAACCAAAAUCUGAAAGAAGCAAAGGACAAACUAGCAGAGGUGGAGGAGAAGUACCGUAAGGCGAUGGUGUCUAACGCUCAGCUGGACAAUGAGAAGAAUAACCUGAUGUACCAGGUGGACACACUGAAGGACUCUCUGAUGGAGCUGGAGGAGCAGCUUGCGGAAUCCAGGAGGGAGUACGAGGACAAGGCCAAGGACUUUGAGAGGGAAAAACAUGCCCACACAGUUCUACAGUUCCAGUUUAAUGAACUAAAAGAGACUCUAAAACAAAGUGAGGAGCUGCUAAAUGAAAUCCGUCAGCUGCGAAUAAAAGAGGAGGGAUUUCAGAGAGAAAUCUCAGAUCUACAAGAAACUGUGGACUGGAAAGAUAAGAAAAUCUCGGCCUUAGAGAGACAGAAAGAAUACACAGACGCCAUUCGAAUUGAACGAGAUGAGCUAAGAGAAGAAGUUGUGAAGCUCAAAGAUAUUUUAAAGAAACAUGGGAUAGUCCUGGGUCCUGACUUAAACAUAAAUGGAGGAGUGACUGAGGCACUGAACACUGAGAACUCCAGCUCAGAUCCAAACUCUCAGCCCACCCAAGAGACCCCCAUUUCCCCCACAGAAGGCACCAACAGCAUGCUGGAAAUUCGCUUGAGAAAACUGGUGGAUGAAAGAGAGAAAAUGAUAGAACAGGUGAAAAACCUCAAAGCUCAACUGGAACAGAAGACACAGAAGAAUGGCACAGACAACUUGAGUCCUGAUGGAGAGAUUGUGGAAAACGGAAACGACCCUGCUCUAAUAGAAAUGCAAAGAGAUGCCAGUAGACAAAUGAAUGACCUCAAGUUUAAACUGGUAAAGGCAGAGCAAGAGGCAACUGCUUUAGAACAAAAUGUUACAAGACUGGAAGGUCAAGUGGCUCGCUACAAAUCUGCAGCUGAAAACUCAGAGAAAGUGGAGGAUGAGCUCAAAGCAGAAAAACGCAAACUCCAAAGAGAGUUGCGAUCAGCACUGGACAAAAUUGACGAACUUGAGUCGAACAACAACCAUUUAUCAAAGAGACUGGAGAAGAUGAAGACCAGCAGAGGAAUGGCUCCAACUCCAUAGGAUUAAUAUAGGAUUAUUUAAAAACAUUAUCACUGCUGAGCUCACUGCAACUUCACUCUACACUCUGCAAAACAUGUGCCAUUUAUUUGAAAAUGUAAGGAUCUCCUAGCAUUGAGUCCAAUCUGAAUAUCUUGGUAAAUGAAUUGAAUGCAUGUGUGAAACUGAUUGUGUGGUUAUUAAACACUGUUCUGCACCAAAAUGAAGGAAGGUUGCAUUUAAGGAAAAAGCAACAGUUUAACAUUUAACUGACCAUUUCAUUUUUGGGUUUCAAUGUUCUACAAUGAGAGAUGGACUUGCACUGCCCUCUUCUGGCUGCCUCUCCUCAAUACAACAACAUUACCUGCCAUGUCCCAUAUAGGUAGCCCAUUAAACGUCAUAUAUACUAGUAGAUUAUACUUUAUUCAGGAUUUUUGGACUUUUUGGAGAUGGGAUUAAAUAUGAAAACUCCAGGAUGUUUUUAAUUUAGAUAAAAACAUAACUGUUUUAACUGCUAAAAAUAAUCAUCUUUGCAUAAAAUAUGAACUUAAUUGAUUUGGGGAUUUGAGGCUUUGUUCACACUGGUUUGGUCCUGGUUUAAUCUUGUUCUAGUCCUGGUUUAGUCCUAAUUCCACAGCACCUUAUAAUGAUAUAUUAUACAUUAUUAUUUGAGAUCAGGAACCUGUCAAAUUAUAAUUACUAUUAAAAUGUACUGUAUAGUUAGUACAAUGCCUGGAUAUCUAAGAAUACAACUUAAGUUCAUAGUUAAUAUGUUCAGUCCUGUUGUACUUCUUUCUCUGGUGCUUUCUCUUGAAUGAUGAUUGAAUGAUUUCCAGUUUUCUCAAAAGCCAAAGUAUUUUCAAUUGUGAUAUCAAAACUUGUUCAUCUGAAGUAGCUUUUUAUUAAUUUUGUUAUCAACAUACUUUUAAGAGCUAAAUCAACAAUGGCUUUGAAAAGUUAAAUUUAUAAAGAACAUGUUAAAGGCAUAAGUAAUAUUUUAAAUGUUUUUUCAGACAUGCUUAAAGGUGCAUUGUGUAACUUUUCUGGUGGAGUGUCCACCAAAUGCUUUUCUCUGUGGAGAUGUUAUUGCUUUGUCUGAAAUGUUUCACAGUAUGGUAUUAAACCUUUCUAUCUUUGAGUGACAGACCACCAGUCAAAAAGUUACAUAAUGCACCUUGAAAGUAGGGCUGUACAAAAUAUUGCUAAAUCAAUUUUAUAAAAACUAAAUACACUGCAAAAGAAAGAGUUUCUGACUGUUGUGACUUGUUUUCUGUUGGUCAAAUUGCAACAAUAUCAUUAUCGCAAUUUAAAAGCUGUUGAAUUGGAUGAGAUUCUUUCCUCAUAUGGUGCAGCCCUAAGUAAAGGUUAUACUGCCAAAGACAAACCAUGUAAUGGCCACUGGUCAUUGAAUGUCUAACUCCCAUAUGACAAAAGCUUGCAUUUGCUUUUCACUUGAUCACGCCUCAGAGCUGAAACAGGGACUCAAAGCAAAAGGACAAUCUGACCACGGGACUUGUUGCUUCACUGUUUACAAGAGCUUUGAAAUGUUUGUAAAGAGAAAAAAAAAAGUAAUUUGUGCAAUAAAAAUGUAAAUUUCUGAA